UCUAAAGAGAGGCUGUUUACCAGAAGAGCAUAACAAGGGCAGGUCUGACUGCAAGGCUGGGAACAGAGUCGCCGCCAAGGGGACCCCGGUUGGACCCUGGUUGGUCAGUCACCUGCAGGACGAAGGAGGUGAGGAUGCUGUUGGCCUGGCUGCAAACAAUCCUCGUGGUCAGCAACAUGCUCCUGGCAAAAACCUAUGGAUCUGGAGGCUGCUUCUGGGACAACGGCCACCUGUACCGGGCGGACCAGCCCUCUCCCGCGCCGGGCCUCCUCUGCCUCAACUGGCUGGACGCGCAGAGCGGCCUGCUAUUUGCCCCCGAGUCGGGCGCCGGCAACCACAGCUACUGCCGGAACCCGGACCAGGACCCACGUGGGCCCUGGUGCUACGUCAGCAGCGAGGCCGGCGCUCCCGAGAAGCGGCCUUGCAAGGACCUGCGCUGCCCAGAGACCACUUUCCAGGGCCCGCCAAUCUCUACAACAGAAACCGAGGAGGUGUCUGAAGUGCCAGGAGGAGAUGAGGUGCAGGUGUUUGCUCCUGCCAACACCCUGCCUGCCCAGAGCGAGGCCGCUGCCGUGCAGCCAGUGAUUGGGAUCAGCCAGCGGGUGCGGGUGAACUCCAAAGAGAAAAAGGACCUGGGAACCCUGGGCUACGUGCUGGGCGUUACCAUGAUGGUGAUCAUCAUCGGCAUUGGAGCUGGCAUCGUCCUCGGUUACACCUACAAGAGGGGCAAGGACCUGAAAGAGCAGCAUGAGCGGAAGGUGUGUGAGAGGGAGAUGCAACGAAUCACCCUGCCCUUGUCUGCCUUCACCAACCCCACCUGUGAGAUCGUGGAUGAGAAGACCAUUGUGGUCCACGCCAGCCAGACUCCAGUUGACCUUCAGGAGGGCAGUGCCCCCCUCAUGGGCCAGGCGGGCACUCCAGGCGCCUGAGCCCCCCAUGAUGGGCAGGAGCCCAUGCAGACACUGGUGCAGUACCGCCUACCCACCUACAGCUGGGAGGAUCUACACUUUUUGUUGUGGUUAAAACCCCCCACUUAUUUUUUUGGUUUGUUUUUGGUGAAUCCUAAGACAAGCAGGUGGCACUGUGGGCUGAGGGUGAGGCUGGGUGGGGUCCUUCCAAUGCUCUUCCUCCAUCCCGUGGAGCAGGAUUUUGCCCGUGGAUGGAGGCAGCGGCAGUCCCCACAGCAGUGCUGCCAACAGGGGCUUCCAGUGCCCCGGAACUGAACCAGGGAUGGACAGGGAGCUCCCCCAGCUCCUCUGUGCUUUAUUGUCCAAGAUGGCCUCAGCCUCUGCCUCCCCAUGUGUUCUCCUUGGGCUUGAGUGGUGCACACUGUUAUUCACAGUUCAGGUCAUGUAGGUUGAGAAGCGGUGUUUAAAAAAGAUAUUUAGUUUUUUAAAUAUUUGGGAUGCAAUUCCCUGCUGACCUCUGAGAAAUGGAAAUGAGUCUGUACGAAAGUCAGAACUGUGGGUUGAGAACGGGAUCUAGGUGGGGGGCUGCUGGCAGUGAUGUGCCUUGACAACCAUGGGCUGGGCCCAGGGACUCUUCCUGUUUUGAAAGGAAAGGAAGGGAAAAAUCGCACUGAACAUUCCACUUAGGAAGAGGGUAAAGAAAGAUCUGCAGCUGCCUCAGGCCACAGGACCCAAGUGGACCUGGGGUGCCCCAGAUGGUUUCUCUUUAGGGUGGACAGUGACCUCUCUUCAUUCUUCAGGGGUGAGACAGCAGCCAGCUAACCUACGGGAAUGACACUGUGGGUGAGGCCUCGUGAACUGCUUCUGAGAGGUUAACCUGGAAACCCACUCGGAGGCAGGGCGAUGGAGGGCUUCAGGACUUGGCUCCUGCCUCGGCCCAAAUCUGCAGGUGGCUCUGUAGCCUCCAGGCCAGCGCCUUCCUGUGGGGUCAGUAGGGCGAGGGCCACAACCCCUAACUUGUAAAAUAAUCAUAGAACCAUUGGAAGGGACCUUAGGGUUCCCGAAGCCUUUUGGACAGAGGGGCCAGAAGUGGAAACUGACAUUCAGGGUCACAGAGGAAGCUACCAGCACGGCCAGCCCUGAGGCCCUGAUAUCACACUCGGAGGCCUUAGCACUGCUUCCCGUCCACAGAGCUUCCUUCCCAAAGCCCUGCCACUGCCUCACAUGGAGAGGGGUUAGUGGGGCCCAGUCUCUCCCGCAGACUGUUCCUGGAAGUGAUUUGCUGAGGGGACCUAGGCCUCAGGGGGUCCCUUGUUGGUAGUGAUGCAGAAGAGAACAUUACUGGUUUCUACUUUUCUAUAAAAGCAUUUCUCUGUGUACAAGUUUUAUAUACCUCAUUCUGACACCUGCCUAUAAAGUGCAGGAAAUUGCUCUGCAUUUGACUUACAUAAAAAAAAAAAAAAAAAAAAGACAACUCCAUAUUGCCAAGUUUUUGUGGGGUAUCAGGACCCUCCUCCCAAAAGUUGGGAAGUUUUUGGUUACCUUGUCAACACCUGCAUGGCAAGCUCUGGCUCUCUGUCCUUCACUCGGGCCCUGCACCUGGGAGGCAGCAGCAGCUGGAUGGUUGGGAACUGCAGCCUCCGUGUUUGGGCGUCACCAUCAGGAGCUUUUCAGGUCGAAGCUGCAGGAAAGAGGGUGUGUGGCAUCCCAAAGGAGGCUGGUCACUGCAAAUCCUCUCCCCCUCAGCAUUCUUUCCGAGGUGGAGAUAGUUAAAACGAACAUCAGGCAGCCCCUGGCAGGGGCUGGAGAUGGGGUUGGUGGGUGGUGGUGCUGUAGCAGCCAAAGAAGGGAUGGGUGUGCAGAUGGGGGAAGAGUCUCCGGGCUCCCAGGAGCAGCUCUGGGCUGUGGAAGGUCCCUGCGGGGGUGACUCCUAGGGCUCCAGAAGAAGGUACCAACAGGAGUUCGUUGGGCUUUUUAGCAGGGAUUUAGCAGUAGGUUCUCAGCCUCUAGGAACACUUAGGGUGACCUCUGCCCAUACCUAGACACUGCUCUAUACUUCUAGAAGCAAGGGGCAUCCUAGAGCAUCAGUUUUUCCAGGAACCAGAUCCUGUCCUUCAGUUGGACUCCAGCUUUUGGAGAAAUCACCUUUGGCUAUGUGGAUGCCUAGUGUGCCCAGGAUCCUACAAGCCAGAUCGCAACAUCUUGCCCAGCCGUCACCCUCCACGACAGACCCCGUGUGCAGAAGCAAGAAACGGGUCUCCCCUUGAGCACUUGCAGGGAAACACCAGGGGUGGGGGUGACUUGCAUGCAUUUCUUCCCUUAAUGAAGGUGGCACCCAGCACUGCAGAGAGGACUCCAGGAUAGCCUGGCUAUGGGAGCGCACGGAUGUCAGAGGGUGGCAGCGUAUGGCCCUGAAGGGAUGACUCAGCCAGGAGGUGGGAGUCAGACCUGCAGCAAGGCCAGGGCUGCCUCAGGUGGGUCGUGCACAUUCUCUGGAGCAGGCUGGUGUCUGUGUAAGGAGGGGAAUCAGAGGCGGGGGGCACGAGAAGUCUCUGCCAUGGGGUCAAAGUGGCCAGCACACCCUCCACGUGUAUCUCCCUGAACCAGGCCGCAAGUCACUUUCUCACUCUCAGCACGGUCGGUUAUGUUAA